AUGCUGGCAUCAAGAGAUAAAAAGGUUAGAAUGUCAGAUAAAUUAAAUUAGCUGCUGACUCUUUUUACUGGGUUUAUUUAUUUAUUAGUAGCAAAAAUGAGAUCGUGAUAACUGACUUCAUAUUAUAAAAAUUAUAAACAGCAUACUUGAUAUCUUGAUUCUGAUCUUUAUUGGCAGUCACUUUGGGGUCAGGAACUUGUACGAUGGUUAGUUACAGCUGCUAUUGGGAUCCUAACAGGACUGGUCAGUGGACUAAUAUCAUUAUAUCCACCAGUGAUAGUUAACGAUAAAUUAUUCCAUGAGUGCGCGUUGGAUAUGAGGUGGUAGGACACACCUUAUUGGCUAUAAUCAUCUCACAUCCAACAAGUGCAAGUGGAAUAUUAUUGUUUUAUUAAAAACGCCUGUCAAAAUAUUGAGAAUUCUUCCCGACUUCAUUUGUAAAAACAACCAAUUUUCAGCUUGUUUUUAAUUUUGAGCAGACGGAUACAAUUACCAUAUUUAGAGAACCUGGUAUUAUGGCUCAUUUACCAUAAUGGCCAAGGCUAUGCUCUAAGGAAAAUUGAAGGGAGCCCAGUGCUCUGAAACUGUAAAAUCUAGGGUGCCCAGCAUAUGAUUUGUAUGAAAAAUAUGAGAUUUUCUAGUCGUCCAAGGGCAAAAGUUAGGCGCCAGGGGCCACCGGGCUCUGUUAGAGCACAGCCCUGAUGGCUAAGCCAUUCGGAGCUCUAGAAUUGCAUUAUCCAAUGAUUCAGUUUUUAACAACACUUAUUAUAUAAUUACAAUAUAUUCUUCUUUAACAUUCCUCCAAGCUCUCUAUUAAAAUUCCGUUUAAUUUGAUUUCAGGUGGCUGUUUUUAUUGAUUAUUUUGUGACCCUUUUAACGAGUUGGAAAUUUGAGACCAUUCAUAAAUGUAUCCUUUGACGAGAAUCAUACCGUAAAAGAUGCUUUUAAUCACUACUAUUUCUUCGUAUACUCUGAGAAGAAUAAUGCUUACAGCAAACAUAGAGAUUAGACCACGUGUUAAGUGCUUUAUCCUUGACGUUCAGUUUGUUAGCUCUUUUAGAAUGCACACCCAAGGGCUGUUUAGCUGUAACUCUUCUCAUUUUCAUGGCAUUUAAUGGUGCCUUCUGUUUGGUUGCUGCCAUUCUCUGUGCCAUUGAGGUAAACAUUAAAUUUUGAGCUGUUGUUAGAAUUUGUAUUUAAUAAUUUACAGGAUGUUAAGUCUGGGGUUGUAUCCGAAAGGACCGUAUCUAAGUUUAGAAAAAGAAAAAGAAAAUUUUUGUGUUGUGUUCACCUACUCCAUAAAGCAGGCACAUGAAAUUAGGUAUUUUCACGUUAUAGUCAUGCAGUGAUGGCAAAGAAUUGUACAAAAAAACAUUUUGCACAUGCAAAGCUGUUGUUUUGCUAAUCUAAACCUAUUAUUUUUUCCCAUUCUCGUUGCCAUUGCUGACCCCAUUGUCGUUGCUUAAGAUCACUAUUGUUGUGAUCCAGAAAUCUUGUUACCACGGUAAUGUGACGUCACACUUUUCCUCUCCUUUGGCAGACUAUUUAUUUGCACUUAGCCCCAUUUCUGAGUGAAUCAAGAAAUCAUGGGCUUUCUAUGUUUCCGAUGUACAUUCAGUUACAUCUUUUGUGCAGUGAAUGUGUCUCUCUCCCUCAGGGUUAUGUUGUCAUGUUUUUGCCAAAAAUAAUUUACGUUACUAUAUAUGAAACAAGUAUUUUUUUAAUUAUUUUUUUCCUUUUCUUUUUUAGCCUGUAGCAGCUGGAAGUGGAAUUCCUGAAAUAAAGUGUUACUUAAAUGGAGUAAAGGUUUGUUAUGAAUUGUUCAAUGAACAGUUAAAUUCUCAGAUCCUGUGCACUAUUGUGUUAAAUUAUUUGCAUUCAAAUUUUCAACUCUGCCACACUUGUUUAGAAUCUCUUCUCAGUCACAUUUCUUUAGAUAAGUUUUUAAUAAAAUAAUAUGGAUGUGUUACUCAGGCAAAACUUUUGACAAACUGUUUAAAUUUUGAAUUUAGUUUUUUUUAAUCACAGUCUAGAUAAAAUUCAUGUAAUCUGUGUUUGUAAAGAUUUAAAAUUUGAAUUUAUUUAAAUAAGUUGAUUCUCAACCUGCUAGGUUAAAAUUUUCAGGACUGAAACUAAAUUUGACAACCUACACACAUAAAAAUUUUCACCUGAAAUUAUUUUUAUCUCAGGUAAUUUUUGUUUUUCUUGAUUUUUGGGUAUGGUAAUGUGUGCUAAUGAAGUUGAAACAAAAGAAAAAUAAAAAUUACCUGAAAUAAAAUAUUAACUACAACAUAUACCUUAAGUUCAGUCUGUUUGAAUUCUGCUGUAGGUUCCUCAUGUAGUCAGGCUGAAAACACUGAUAUGCAAGGCUGUGGGAGUCCUCUUUAGUGUUGCUGGUGGUAGGAACAAAUAUCAUUUUCAUUGUCUUAAUUUAUCAUUUUACAAUUAUCUAAUAUGACAAAAUCCUGCUUGACAUUAGCCUUUCCUGGCAGUUGUGGAAGGGUUGUAAUGAUAAAUCAAAUGCUUAGUCAUUUGCUGUUGUUCUGUUGUUCAAGUGGGGUUUUUUAUUACUUUUGGCCGAUGUGCAAAUUUCCCACUGUAGACUAAAAUGCUAUAUAUUUCUUUUAUUUUUCUGUUAAGUUUUUACAUAUUGCUACAUAAAGUUAAGGCUCUUUGACUAAUUGAAUAUUUUUUAAUUUGAUUGAUUUUUGUUGAAUGCAGUGUUUUUGUUUGAAAAUAAUUAUAAGGUUUAACAAAAAUUUUCAUGAUCGAAUCAAAAUAUUUGAUUUGGAAAGGAAACAAUCAAAAUUGAAUAAAGUCAAAGAUGUACUGUAAAAAAAUUAAUAUAAAUCAUUAUCCCCUAAUAAAAUUGCAGCAUACUACAAAGGGAUACAGUCAUGUUGUUCAAGUUCAUGUUCCAAAAAGGACAUUACUUUUUGUUUUAUAUGCCAGGCUUGUUUGUUGGUAAAGAAGGUCCAAUGAUUCACAGUGGAGCCAUCAUUGGAGCAGGUGUUCCUCAGGUUUGUUAAAAUCCUUUCCUUCAUUGCUGAAAAAAAAAGGGAAAGAGAAAAUACCACAAGAUGGUGGUUACUUAUUUUUUUUAAUAGGUGAUAUGCUGAUGAGAGUCAGACCACAAGGCUCUCUACGUAAAAGGACCUGUGACUCAUUAUUGUCUUGGGGGGAAAUAAAUAAAUAAAUAAAUAAAUUUGAUGAUGAUAACAAUGACAAUGAAGAAAGGUCCGGUGCAAAGGUAGAGUAAUGGUGAGGGCGCUCAGGGUGUCACAUGUGGGUUGAGUUUGUUGUUGGUUCUCUCCCUAAGUCAUAGUCACUUACAAGAGGGGGCUCUCAGCACUUAGUGGUUUUAAAGCCUGAGAUCGUGAUGCUACCACUGCUUCCCCCAUGAAAUGGAGCCUGUCAUCAGUGUGGAAUUUCUGCUCUUGUUCAUCAGGUAUCAUUUUGCUGGAAAACCAGCAGUGACAUUGCAAAAUGUGGGCUGUAUUCACAAGCUAGUGGUUUCAGGGUGCAAAGAAAGUCAUUUUUACAGCUUGCCAGUUGGGCAAGCUGAAGCUAACAUUUACCAACCCAAACAUCAUUUCAACUAGCCCAAAAAACGUUUUGAUGAGCAGAAUUGAUUUCACAGUUCUUCUGUAAUUUGAAUUCCUCAAAAAACUUCACUUGCCCAUCAGGCAAGUUAAGAACCGAAUACAGAAUACAGUAACCCAAUAGUAAAAUCCACUAGCCCUGGGCUAUCGGACACUACUUUCUUUGCACGCUGGGUUUGACCAAAAUUAUUGCUUUUUUUACUAAUUGAUGAAAUUUAUUCUCUGUCAUCUCUCUCCUCAACAGUUUCAAAGUAUUGCGUUUAGAAAAAUCAAGAUUAACUUUCCUUAUUUUCGAACUGACAUUUCACGCCUUAGGCGUGAGUCUCCCGCCCGCGGGUUGAUAACUUUCGAUCUCAAAUUUCUCACGCCUGAUUGAAAAGAUUGAAAAUUUCCAAAAAUAUGUUAACUCAGACCCAUUCGAUGUGUAAAAUGAAUAAAUGGCAAUACCUUCCUCGCGAUCUUUUGGGAACUUUGACAGGUUCGGACGUAGACUUCGGAGUUUGAGUCUUCAAAACUCUGAGGAUAAAAAUCUCACGCUCAUAUCUCAGAAAAAGUUGGCAGGUAUAGAAUAAAAGUGUGAUGAAAAAGAUUUUAAUUUAAAAAUAAGUCUCCUGACCCUCUGAGUUUGCAUUGAAAGUGGAGUUACUUACAUGUAUAAGUCACAGUGUAGUUUUUACCUUUCUUCUUUUUUUAUCAGGGAUAAGAGAGAUUUUGUAUCUGGGGGAGCUGCAGCUGGAGUGGCAGGUAUUUAAAUUAAUAUAACACUAUGUGCAUAGGAUUUAAUUGUAGCAGUGAUUUUGUUACUUCUGCGUCCUGCGCAUGCAUCCCUAAUGCAUAAAAAUCCCCAAAGACGCAAAAUAUAUAAUGGCACGUGUCCCAUAGGAUUAAAAGAAUGAUCGAUCGAUUGAGUUGAAGAUUUUUUGGUAGAAUGUUCUGUUGGAGUGAUUUCUGUGGCUGUUGUGUAAAGAUGCAUAUUUAUUUUAGCAUUAGUUGUGCUUCAAAUAUAUAUAAGGAUUAUAUUUUAAUUUCAGUAAGCUGUAAUAUAAAGUGUUUUGGCAUCUGUCUCCAGAUUAACCGUCUUGUUACAUAAGGGCCCUGCAUUUUCAAUUUAGGCCUCCUUGUUUUUUUGAACUGUGCUUAUUGGUUAUGGACCAAGAUUCAUGAUUUUCACAAGAUGAGUCCCAGGACUCACCAUAUUUAUUUGUAACAAAAUCACUGUUGUAGGGCCUUUAAGGUAUAGUAAAUCUGACAUGUUGCAUGUAUUUGAUUUUGUAACUUGCAGCUGCUUUUGGGGCUCCGAUUGGAGGAGUUUUAUUUAGCCUGGAAGAGGGAAGCUCCUUUUGGAACCAAGCUCUCACUUGGAGAAGUGUAAGAACACAAGCAAUAAAGAGUUUGAAG